AUGGCCAACAACCGAGUUCCGAUCAACUACCAGACCCCUCCCUUCCCGUCUCUUUAUGAGCUCUUCCCGACGCGCAGCACCGGGGCUUAUUACCUUUACUACAACGAGGACAUUUGGCGUUUUACCCUAUACUGGACGUUGAUUUUCUAUGGCGCAAGUCAUUUGUUGGUGGCGGCAUGGGCUGUGGCCAUGCAGUGCCGAAGCUGGAAGGCCUGCCUUGCCGUUCCUUUGGUUUACAUGGUCAUUGGGGGGCUUGAGGCGCUUUUAGCGGGGAGCAUCAUUGGCCUCGUCUUAGGUGCGGUCUACGAAGCAGGCAAUUUCAGAAUGUCAACCUGGAUCCCCCUUGUAUGGGGUGGUAUCAAUGUGUUGGUCCUUAUCCUCUCCAGUUUUCCGAUGCAAGGUGGACUAUGA